GGCUUUGCAAUUGCCGGUGUGACACUUUUCCAUUUCCUUGUUUCAACUGACAUUUCCGUCGGGAUUCAGCGGAAUGUGGUAAAAUGUCUGUGACUGCGGAAGGAAACAAAGUGUCCGGAAGAAGGAGACGAGAGGACGGAGAAAAGAGCGAUGGUAUCAGCGGGAAGAAGGACAGACCAGAACCCAGCCGGUUGGAGUCUUGCUUGGAUCAACCCAUGGAUUCAAGCAGUAUCCAUGAAGUUGUCCAGUAUACAGCCUCGCAGCUAGCAGCCAAACAUUAUGAUGCUGACACCUACGAGCCAAUCAGCUCUGGUCUUCAGACUCUAGAGGAGCUUCUGACAUGGAAACGAAGCGAGGCAAACCCUUUCAAUGUGGCGGCCGUCCCUCUGGCAGCUCGGGAGCCCCCCCUGGCCAGUAGUCCACGUCGGACGCUGGUGUCUCAUGACAUGAUGGGCGGCUACCUAGAUGACAGGUUUGUCCAGGGGACAAGUGUCGAAGAUCCGUAUGCCUUCUACCACUGGCAACACAUUGAUAUUUUCAACUACUUCACGCACAACAUGGUGACUAUUCCUCCUGCUGUGUGGACCAGUGCUGCACAUAAACAUGGAGUCGUCGUUAUAGGGACUUUCAUCACAGAGUGGAAUGAUGGACGCAAGGCGUGUGACGCCUUCCUGAAAGACGAGGAGUCGUAUCGAGCAGUAGCUGAUAAACUAGUCCAGAUCAGCCACUACUAUGGCUUCGAUGGCUGGCUCAUUAACAUAGAGAAUACCCUUGGUGAAGUUGCGGUGAAGAACACACCUUUGUUCCUGCGCUAUCUGACGGACCAGAUGCACGAGCGAGUCUCUGGCAGCCAGGUGCUGUGGUAUGACAGCGUGCUCGAGAGCGGACAGCUACUGUGGCAGAAUGAACUCAACCAGUCCAACAGGAUGUUUUUCGAUGCCUGUGAUGGUUUCUUCACUAACUACAACUGGACAGAGCAGAACCUGGAGGGGAUGAAAGAAGACAGUGUGAUUGAAGGCCGUGAGGCUGACGUCUAUAUCGGGGUAGACGUGUUCGGCCGAGGCGACGUGGUGGGAGGAAUGCUUGAAACCAAUAAGGCUCUGGAGAUCAUCAGGAAGCACAACUUCUCUACAGCCAUCUUCGCUCCAGGCUGGGUGUACGAGAGCAACGAGGAUAAGACUGAAUUCCGCAAGAACCAGGACAUGUUCUGGGCUCUUUUGUCAGACUACCUGUACAUCCACCGACCAGCCUCGCCUCUCCCCUUCAUCUCCUCCUUCUGCCAGGGCUUCGGGAAGGCUCUCUACUGGAGAGGAAAGCAUGAGACUGAGAGGAGCUGGUUCAACCUGACUGCCCAGGAGAUCCAGCCCUUGUACUACCAUACGGAGCUGGAGGGCCAGGGCUGGCUGAGGAGCCGUGGCUGCCCACAGGACGCCUGGAACGGAGGCUGCUCACUGCUGCUCGAGGGCCUCAUCCCUGCCUCUCAUACAUCUACACUUUCUGCCAACAUCUUCUCCCUCAAUGUACCCCUACCAUCAAAGAUCCUGGUGAGCUUCAUCCAUAAACCAUCUGCUGGGAUCAGUGUCUCCCUGGAGCUGAAGACAACAGAUGACAGUCUGUCCAUGGACGACAACAAUGUCAAACUCACCACAGUGCAGCCUGAGGUAUUGGAUGAGGGCCACCAGCUGGUGAGCCUGUUCUCUCAGCUGUGUGGAAACUUGAACCCAGACGGUUGGACAGUCAGGUGUUUGCAGCUGGAGCUUCGCGGCUGUACUCUUAGAGAAGUUGGUGUCAGCAUCCAGCGGAGGGGAGACCCUCAGGACACGCCUUUCAGCUGCAGGGUGGGAGAGAUCAUGGUCCUGGAUGUAGCCCGUCUGCAGGUUCCCUCUGAGCUGGUUCUGGGUAUGUGCAUUUAUGAUGUGGUGUGGCUUCGUGGUGUUGGUACUUUGCCAGAGUCCACCUCUCCUCGCCUGCACCUCAACGCCACUCUGCGCUGGGACUACUCGAGCAAGACCGUGCGGCACUUCAGGGUGCACUGGCGCCGGUUGAGGGGACCUGAUCCCCGAAUCCCUCCAGGAGAGCUGGUUCUGUUGGGACGUGCGUAUUCAAAUCUGUUUAGGGUAACAGAGCUGGAAGUGCAGAGGCCCCCUGGCUUACUGGAACUGGUGGUGGAGCCAGUAAGCAGCAAGGGCUUUCUGGUCCCAGAGAGUCAGUGGGGAAGAAGAAGCAUCAGCUACUCAGCAGACGUCACACAAUGAUUUUACAUGAACGUUACCAGGCUGCUGUUUAUUAACCCUAACGCAAAUGUUUCUAUAAAAAUAACUGAUGCAAACCUCAAUAUUAAGAAGUUGGAGCUCUUUAGUUGCUGAAAAGUUUUCAGGCUUGGUUUAACAAUAACUUAUACAGGCAGCCUUUGAUUUUAGUGGUAAUCGCCAUCCACCAAAAAUGAAUUAUUGCCCAGUAUAUCUAUCCAUCUAUCUAUAUAUAUAUAGAUAGAUAGAAAUAUAUAUAUAUACACACAUACAAUGCUCAAAAAGAUCAAGGGAACACUGGACUGUUACAGGAUAACAUCAAAUCGGGUAAAUUUCAGGGAUAUCAAUCUGUCCAAUUAGUAAGCAAUGUGAUGGAGACAACCCCCCAAAAGGGAACGGUCUAUCUAUGUUUUUAUUUUACUUGUAAGAGACAUACCAAAGAAACAUGUCGGUUCACUGUGUAUUCAGACCUGAUGUUGAUGAUUGUAGGCAAUACUAACAUUGUUUGUUUUGCAUAAUUAUAUGGAUUUGUCUUAUUCUAUAUGCAUUAUUAUAAUGUAUAUUCAAUAUUUCAAUUGGAUGUCAGUUAAAUAUAUUUUUCUGCAUUGUUUAUGAUAAGUAUCAAAAUAACCUAAUUUGUAUUGCCCUUUCCAAGAUCUCAUGAUUACUAAGUGCUUUUAAAAAAACAUCUGUGGAGCAUGUGCGGAGCAAGAGUAGAAGCAAUGAACAUGUGGGCCUCUGUGGGCGUGUGAGGGGUUUUCCUGUAGCCUUCUCCAAAUCCGUGCCUCACAGUCCCGUCUCUGAGCUCCUUCGACCUUAUUAUUUCCAAUUGACUUGAUCACAGGUGGGCCCAGGUCAAGAUAUAAAAACAUUUCAAAGAUGUCAUAAUAAAAUGUCUGAAUGGGAUGUUAGUUUUUCCUUUUUUUUUUUUAAAAUUGGAAAAACAAAGCAUUUGUUUGAAGUGUGGUGGGAUUAUUAAAUUUAAUUGAUUUUGACAAAGCUAUAAUUCACUGUAAGAAAGGAAGCCCUUAAGUGUACCAAGGGGCCUUCCCAGGAAGGGCUUUACAAUUAAUACAUUUGUUGGCUGUAUUUGAAAGCCUGGACAGAAGAUAUACCUCCUUAAUAUAGAAAUUAAUGAGGACGACAGCAUUAUAAAAAUAGUCAAGUUAUUAAAAUUGCAUAGAAAAAAUCCGAUAAACAUUUCACACACGCACGUAGCAGCUAGAAUGUGAGAAGAAGAUCUUAGACUGGAGUGGAGUGUGAGCGGAGGUUUUUGAGAGAGAGCAUUACAAAAUCAACAAGUCCCGCUGUCAACCUGAAAGAUCAAGCACUUGGAUUAAAAAGGAACAAAAGAGAACACAAUGUUCAAGAGGAAGUGUGAACCUUCCCUGGUGGAGGUGUGGGUGUGUGCUUUCGAGCAUAAAUUUUCAUUGGUUGAGCCGGGUAGGAGGGACCAACUCUGAAAGGUGCAUUGGCAAAGGAGAGACAGACAUUUUCCAAGUUUCUCACACAAGUCAUUACAAUUUAAACUUUAACAGUAUGCCUCCACCAACCAGUGCAGUUUCUGUGUACAUAUCUUUUUCCAGAUUUAUAGAAGGUCACUCUGACCUCUGAAAUCAAAUCAGUUAAUCAGCGAGUCCAAGUGAGCGUUUAUACCAAAUUUGAAGAGAUUCCCUCAAGCUGAUCUUAAGAUGUCACGUUUAAGAGAAACAUUAACGUACUGAAACUGCUCCUGUUAAAAUAAAAAGCGACCUCAGACUAAACUCUAAUCCUCCUGAACCAGACCACUGCUUUUACACAAUUACGCAUUGUUGCUGAUCCAGACAAAAAAGCACUGCACACCAUCACUAAAUGUCUUUCAGCAAUAAAUACAUGGAUGAGCCAUUAUUUCCUAAAGCGUGACGUGGAUAAAACUGAAAUCCUCUUAGUCGGACCCAAAAUCAUAGAGAAAUGCUGGAAAAUAAUACCUUAAAUCAUUCUUGAGACAUCCUGUUCAGCGGAAUUGGAGGUACGGACAACCUGAAAACGCAAUUCCUCCAGUCACUGCCAGCGCGGACGCAUAGAAAGAGCAUAUUUGAAACGUUGAAUAAUGUACCAGAGAAGAAGCCAGCGUGUACAAAAACAAACAGUAUUUAUUGGUGUUAAAGCUGAAAUCUACACAGGUCUUUGUCAUGAUCAAGGAGGUGUGAGAUUUUGGAUUUGGUUUAGCAGAAAAUAAAAACAAAAAAAAAGUCAGGAUUUCCAUUUGAUUGUCAGAGCCAUUCCAGCUGGCAUCGGAGUGGGGGGGGAUCAGGCCUGCUGGGUGAU